GGUAGCGCCUGCUGUUUGACGCCUGUGACGCAGUAAGCCAAAGAAGCAAUAUGGCGCUGUCGUGUGUGGUCAGAUUAGCAAAAGGCGUGGACAAUUUUGUGCAUACGAGGCUUCUUCCAUCAUGCAGUUUCUUGCACAAAUCCAGCAUUCAUACAAGUCAUUCCUUAGAAACCAAAAGCUGGGAAAGAAAAAACCGGAUAGUUUAUCCACCACAACUUCCAGGAGAUCCUCCUAGGCAAGCAGAGAUUUACCACUGUCGCAGACAAAUCAAAUACAGCAAGGACAAGAUGUGGUAUUUGGCAAAGCUGAUUCGUGGUAUGACAAUUGAUCAGGCAAUUGCACAGCUCGAGUUUAACAACAAAAAAGGAGCUAAGAUAAUUAAAGAGGUUCUGUUGGAAGCCCAGGACAUUGCUGUAAGAAACCACAAUGUAGAGUACAAGUCAAAUCUAUAUAUUGCUGAAUCUUUUUCAGGUAAAGGCCAGUAUCUAAAACGAAUCCGCUAUCACGGAAGAGGGAUGUUUGGCAUUAUGGACAAGGUGUACUGUCAUUAUUUUGUUAAACUCGUUGAAGGUGUGCCACCCAAAGAAAUACAGAAAACAGCUUUUGACCAAGCUAAAGAGUAUGUGCAGAGUCUGCGUGACCGAACCAUUAUUCAUUCUUUGUAAUGUACUAAUACUUUUUUGUAAAUUAGAUAUGUUGAAUAAAUUAAUGCAAAAUGUUCAAA